AUGAGGAGGAGGAAGAAGGUCAGGGCAAGAUCCAGGCCUGGCAGUGGAGGCGGAGGCGGAGGCGGAAGCGGAAGCGGAAGCGGCGGCAGACCUGAACGCGAACCCGAGGCGGAUACGGACCGUGACGUGGCCCCCCAGCUACCCCCCAAGAACUCCCUUCUCGACGUGGUCGACACCGACGACCGGUACAGGCGGUUCCUGGUCGGCAACGAAAACUACCAGACCAAGGGCAGGAUCAAGAAGGACGGCCGGCUGCGCAUCACCGUCGACGAGACCCGCGGGACCGGCUACAUCGCCAAGGCGCUCGGGGCCGCAGUCAGCAGGAUGAAGCCGCCGCUGUCGCCGCCGGCGGUCUGCGGCGGGCCAGGGAAGAAGACGAGGCAGCAGCAGCAGCAGCAGCAGCAGCAGCAGCAGCUACAGUCUACGCCGGCCGAGUCCGGCUUCAAGAUGGAGGACCUGGACCCGCUGCCGCGCCUCAAUAUCGUCAUCAUGGUCAUCGGGUCGCGGGGCGACGUGCAGCCGUUCCUGAAGAUCGGCAAGAUGCUCAAGGAGGACUACGGCCACCGGGUGCGCAUAGCGACCCAUCCGACGUUCCGGGACUACGUCGAGCGCGACUCCGGGCUCGAGUUCUUCUCCGUCGGCGGCGACCCGUCAGAGCUGAUGGCCUUCAUGGUCAAGAACCCGGGCAUGAUACCGACGCUGGAGACGGUGCGGGCCGGCGACAUCGGCAAGCGCCGCGCCGCCAUGGCCGCCAUGUUCCAGGGCUUCUGGCGGGCCUGCGUCCAGGCCACCGACGACGAGGCCGACGCGCAGAACCUCAAGAUGCUGGGGGCCAAGGAGCCGUUCGUGGCCGACGCCAUCAUCGCCAACCCCCCCAGCUUCGCCCACGUCCACUGCGCCGAGGCGCUGGGCAUCCCGCUGCACCUCAUGUUCACCUUCCCCUACAGCCCCACCCAGGCCUUCCCCCAUCCGCUGGCUAGCAUCAAGCGUUCCAACGUCGACCCGGGCUACACAAACUUCAUAUCCUACCCCAUGGUCGAGAUGAUGGUCUGGCAGGGGCUCGGCGACCUCAUCAACGACUUCCGCGUCAAGACCCUCGCCCUCGACCCCGUCUCGACCCUGUGGGCCCCGGGCACCACCUACCGCCUCCGCGUGCCCUUCACCUACCUCUGGUCGCCCGGCCUGGUGCCGAAGCCCCGCGACUGGGGCGACAACAUCGACAUAUCCGGCUUCGUCUACCUCGACCUCGCCUCCACCUACAGGCCGCCUGCCGAGCUCGAGGCCUUCCUGGCCGACCGGUCCAAGCCCAUCGUCUACAUCGGCUUCGGCUCCAUCGUCGUCGACGACGCCGACAAGUUCACCGACAUGAUCUUCGAGGCCGUCCGCAAGGCCGGCGUGCGCGCCCUCGUCUCCAGGGGCUGGGGCGGCUUCGGCGGCGACGGCGGCACCCCCGGCGACGUGCUGAUGCUGGGCAACUCCCCGCACGACUGGCUCUUCCCCCGCGUCGACGCCUGCGUCAUCCACGGCGGCGCCGGCACCACGGCCAUCGCCCUCAAGACCGGACGCCCGACCAUGGUGGUGCCCUUCUUCGGCGACCAGCACUUCUGGGGCAACAUGGUCAGCAACGCCAAGGUCGGACCCGAGCCGGUCCACCACCGGAGCCUGACGGCCGACAAGCUCGCCGACGGCAUCGCCUACUGUCUCACCCGGGAGGCCCGCGACGCCGCCGCCAAGAUAGCCGAGGACAUCGCCCUCGAGGGCGACGGCGCCACCAACGCCGUCCUCUCCUUCCACCGCCACCUCAACCUGGCCGGCCCGGCCCCGUCGAUGCGCUGCUCCAUCCUCAAGGACCAGGUCGCCGCGUGGCAGGUCAGGGGCACCGACGUCAAGCUCAGCCCCCUGGCCGCCGACAUCCUCGUCGACACGGGCGUCACGUCCUGGAGGAAGCUGCGUCUCCUCCGGCACACCGAGUGGAACGACUUUGCCGGCCCGGGCGGUCCGUUCACCGCCGUGGCGGGGUCGCUGGGCCACACGGCCCGCACCGUCGGCCUCGUCGCACCCCUGAAGCUGGCCAAGUCGUCCAAGAAGUACAAGCGGCGGCUGGCGGAGAAGAGACGGAAGCGCCUGAGCGGCAGCACCAUCGCCACCACGACGGACGACCCCGCCACCGUCGCCGGCCACGUCAGGAAUAGCACGACCACCGCCAGCAGCGCCGGGAGCACAGCCGUCACCGCCACCACGACGACCACCGCAGCAGGAGCGGGAGCGGGAACGGGAGCGGGAGCGGGAGAAGUAGGAGAAGACAUAACUCUCGUCCCCACGUGGGACAUACACGGCGAAUUCAUAGGCGACGUGACCCUUGGCGUGGGGAAGACGGCAUCAGCCCUGGCCAUGGCGCCGGUCGACCUGUCCGUCGCGCUGGCGCAGGGCUUCCACAACGCGCCCCGCCUGUACGGGGACGACACGGUGCGUCGGCCCGUGCGCAUAACGGGCAUCCAGUCUGGCCUCGAGGCCGCCGGGAAGGAGUUUGUGUACGGCGUCUACGACGCCUUCUCCGGACUGGUGGUCCUGCCCUACCGGGGCGCGCGGGAUGACGGCCUGGUCGGCUUCACCAAGGGCGCCGGCAUGGGCUUCAUGGGCCUGAUGGUCAAGAACGUGGCCGCCGUGCUGGGGCCGCUGGGCUACACCCUCAAGGGGCUGGCCAAGCAGGUCGAGCGGUCGUCCACCAAGUCGCCCACGGCGCUCAUACGGAGGGCGCGCAUAGCCCAGGGCCAGCGCGCCACGCACGACCUGCCUCCCGACGAGAGGGAGGCCCUCGUCGAAGAGGUCGUCGCCGGCCGCUACGUCAUGAAGGCCCUGGGCGAGGCCAUCGCCGCCGACGCCCAGAAGCGAGGCAUAGCGGGUCGGUGGGACCGCUUCUUCGGCGACGUCGCCCCCCUCUUUGAGGAUGUCCAGGUCGCUCAGGGGGCCCUCGAUGCGCUGCGUAGGGGAGUGCCGCUCGAUGUCCUCGUCAGACGGCCGGCCGUGCGGUCGCAUCAUCGCAGCUCGGUCAGUUGGAGGGAUAGGUUGCGUGCUAGACCGUGCGAUGAUAAAUGA